AUGAUGAGUGGGGAAUAUGGUGAUUUUAAUAACACAAAUAAUAAAGAAUUAUCAUUAUUAGAUAAAUUAAAGAAAGCAUGGAUAAAUGAGAAAUAUGCACCAAAUUUAUUAAAUUAUGAAGAUGUUAUUAUUAAAGAAGUUAUGGAGAAAAUUGAAGAAAAGGAAUCAUUAUGUGCAAGUGCUAUAUCUAAUAUAAAUCUUCAAUUUACUGCUAAUAUAUAUGAAAUGGAAAUAGAAAGAUUAAAAUAUAUUAUAAAAUGUUAUUUAGUUCAAAGAAUAAAGAAAAUUGAUAAAUUCUAUUCUUCAAUUUUAUUAGAAAUUGAAAAUGAUGAAUACGAUAGUUAUAAAUUAUUAUCAGAAUUUGAAAUUAAUUAUUGUCAAAAGUAUAAAGCAUUAAUGGAUGGAUAUUUUAAAAAUACAUUAUUAAAUUCAAUUCCAAAAGAUUUUCAAAAAAUGGAUUCAAAUAGUAUAAAUAGACCAUUUUUAAAUACAUUUGUAUUUUGUAAACCAAGAGAAGAUUUAGGUGACUUUUUAGUAGACGACGAAACAAUUGAUUUUAAAAAAACUUCAAUUUACUUUUUAAAAUAUUUACCAAUCAAAUCAUUAGUGGAGGGUGGUAAAAUGGAUUUAAUUUAA